AUGAACCCAGUCAUCGGCAUCGCUGUCCUGCUUUCAGUCUUGCAGAUGUCCCAAGGGCAGAAGGUGACCAGCCUGACAGCCUGCCUGGUGGACCAGAACCUUCGUCUGGACUGUCGUCAUGAGAAUAACAGUGCCUUAACCAUCCAGCACGAGUUCAGCCUGACCCGAGAGAAAAAGAAGCAUGUGCUGGCAGGCACCCUUGGGGUACCUGAGCACACAUACCGCUCCCGGGUCAGUGUCAACACCCAGCGCAACAUGAAGGUCCUCACCUUAGCCAACUUUACCAACAAGGAUGAGGGCAUGUACACAUGUGAGCUUCAAGUCUCUGGCCAGAAUCCUCCCAUGAUCUCCAAUCAAACUGUCUCUGUGCUCAGAGACAAGCUGGUGAAGUGUGAUGGCAUAAGCCUGCUGGUUCAGAACACCUCAUGGCUGCUGCUGCUCCUGAUCUCACUCUCCCUCUUCCAAGCCAUGGAUUUCAUUUCUCUGUGA